UUAUCAGCAGCUGCCGUUGAGAUUUUUGGGGCACUUGAGAAAGCAGUAGAGGAAUACCAGGAGGAAAAUGAUCAGCUAUAUAUGUCAUCUACUAAUGCAGCUAGCUGCAGUUCUACUCAAUUAAUAAAGUGUUUAGGAAAUAUGUUUUAAUCUGUGUUAAUUGUUUGAGUCAGGAACAGCGUUUUGAAAUGUCAUGGCACUAGGCAAUAGGCAAUAAGCCAGGGAAUGUCUAAGCUGUAACAUACUCGAUAGACCUCUGUUCCUCUCUACUUCCUUCCAGACACCCUGCAGCUCUCUCUUCCUGUCUCUGAAGAGGAGGUUCCCCCUGAACAGCAGCACCGUGAGCAGGAGUGGAGCCAUGUCUAAAGACUCACAAAUGCCUUGACCGUGGUAAAUGCUUCUCUCAGAUUGGACAGCUAAAGAUGGACAUGAGGAUUCACAGAGGGGAGGGAAUCUAUCGCUGCCAUGACUGUGGAAAAACGUUUGCUCUGAAAAUUGACCUGCAUAGGCAUUUUACUGAAUGCCGCUUCUGCAAAAGGCGCUACAACACCUGUAAACUAAAGACCCUGCCCCACUUGUGGCAAGACCUUCAAACACAAAGGAAAUUUGUCCAAACACAUGAUGAUUCACACAGGUGAGAACCCAUUUAGAUGUGGUGACGGUGGAAAAAGCUUCAAUCGCAAGGAAAAGCUGAAAGCACAUACACUGAGUGUACAAAAAAAUAGGAAAACCCUAUUUUUCCAUGACAUAGACUGACCAGGUGAAUCCAGGUGAAAGCUAUGAUACCUUAUUGAUGUCACCUGUUAAAUCUACUUCAAUCACUGUAGACAGGUUAAAGAAGGAUUUUUAAGCCUUGAGUCAAUUGAGACAUGGAUUGUGUAUGUGUGCCAUUCAGAGGGUGAAUGGGCAAGACAAAAGAUUGACUUGUCUUUGAACGGGGUAUGGUUGUAGGUACCAGGCGCACCGGAUUGAGUGUGUCAAGAACUACAAUGCUGCUGGAUUCUUCACACUCAACAGUUUCCCAUGUGUAUCAAGAAUGGUCCACCAUCAAAGGGACAUCCAGCCAACUGGACACAACUGUGGGAAGCAUUGGAGUCAACAUGGGCCAGCAUCCCUGUGGAACGCUUUCAACACCUUGUAGAGUCCAUGCCCCGACGAAUUGAGGCUGUUCUGAGGGCAAAAGGGUGCAACUCAAUAUUAGGAAGGUGUUCCUAAGGUUUUGUACACUCAGUGUCUACGGAUCCACACAGGUGAGAAAGCUGUGGUUACUGUGGAAAAAGCUUCAAUCAUAAGGAAAACCUGAAAACACAUAUACAUAAUCGCUCAUAUACAGAUAAAUCCCUUUAGCUGUGGUGACUGUGGGAAAAGCUUCAAUGACAAUGAGAACUUAACCGAACAUCUUCUGACCCAAACAAAAGUUUUGGGAAAAGUUUCCAUCAGAAGGGGACUUUAACCAUUCGUAUACGGAUUCACUCAGCGGAUAAAUGACAUGUCUGUGGUAGCAGAUUCAACCAGAAGAGUGACCUGCUAAAGUUUUUGAAUAACAUCCACAAAGAAAGAGAACUGGACAGAAACAGAAACAAUACAGAAGAUAAGGACAAAGAUAUAUCUAAGAUGGGAAUAAGGCAGGAUGUGGACAAUGCUUUUAAGAAAGAAAACCAACUUUUUGAAUGA